GCUUUUUCUCUACUGAGUACUGACCUUCACUGUCCCCCAAACACCAUUAUUACUUCUCACUUUGAGUAUAUGUCGGUGAGAUAUCCCAUUUCAUCUCCUAAAUUCAUGUACCAUAUUUGGUGAAGAUGAAGACUACCAUUUCUUAUCUCUUAAAGUUGUUUGAUAAUGUAGUAGUGCAGCAUUGAUAGCUAUCUAUCUUGGAGGGGAGAAAGCCAUGGAAAGCAAGUCGUGGCGUUGGCGGAGAAAAGCCUCAGAGAAGACUGUGGUUGAUGAUGGAAGACCUAGUUUGUCUAUGGAAAGAUAUGUAGAAGAGGAUCAAGAGAGACCAGGAUCUAGAAAAUGGCAAAGUAAUAUCAGUGACAGGUCAUCCUCAGGAAUCUGUGACUGCACUGCUAAAGAUGAGCUAAUCAGAAAACAUGCAAAAAUAGCAGAACAAGCACUAGCAGGUCAAAAGAUGGCGGAAGCUGAGGUGGCAUACUUCAAACAAGAGCUAGACAAAUCGCUGCAGCAAGGAGAAACAGCUGAGCUGAAACUGGCUCAACUCAAUGCUGCAUUGAAGGACUGCAUGCAGGAGAUGGAAUCCCUUCGAGUUGGCCAGAAGUUGGAGGUCAAAUUAGCUGAAGCUAACAGAAGGACUUCAAACUUAUCAUCUGAGAAUGCUAAUUUGAUGAAGGCCCUUCUGUGCAAAGAAAAGUUGGUUCAAGAUCUUGAUAAGGGAAAAGCAGAGCUAGAAGCUGAAUUUGGCUUGUUAAUGGGUAGGUUAGAUUCUGUUGAGAAAGAGAAUAUUUUGUUGAAGUAUGAGUUCCAAGUGAUAGAGAAGGAGAACACAAAGCAAACGAAGAGGUUAGAAGCUGAAUGCCAGCAGUUACGUGAUUUAGUUCGAAAAAGACAGCAAGGUCCAUCUUCUCCGUCGAAUACGAAGAGGUCAAGUCCAAGGAUGGGGAAUUGGGCUGAAAAAACUGAUAAGGGAACCAGGUUACUUGUCGAGAGGGUGUGCACCGUGGAAGAGGAAAACAAGAUGUUGAAAGAGAUACUGGCUUUAAGUGAUGGUGAACUUCAGUCAUGGAGAAUCAAAUAUGGGCAAAUGGCUUCUAGAGUAGCUGAGCUUAAAGCGCAGCUCAACGAGCUUUCAGAAGCAGAAAACUCUAUGCAGUUGGCUAUCUCUGGUCUCGGCCUCAGUAAUUACGACAGAUUUCGUGAUUCUGAAUCAUGGGCUAAUGCUUUACUAGAAGAACUUGAACAGUUCAGACAAGACAAAAUCAAGAAUGAACCAGAAACGGACAAGUAUGCUAUAAUAACCACAGCCAUAGAAAAUUCAGGGAACCAGUUGCAACAAACCAGUAAAGAACUUGUUCCAAUAUCAGUAGAUAAUAAGAGCUGUAAGGAAGAGUUUCUCAGACCGGGGGAUUCUUGGCUCGAUGAGAUCUUAAAGGUGAUAUUGCAAGAACAUCGAGUUUCGAACAGAAAUGUGGGUGAACUUUUGCAAGACAUUAGAAUUGCUUUGGGUUACGAUGAGCUGCAGAAAAAUGAAAAUAGCAACUCAGGAAUUCAUGGUCUUUUGACGUGGGAAUCUUCAGAUUCUACCCCCACCAGGACUUCAGCUCUCGGAAGCACAUCAAGCAACAGCAUCUCAGUGGAAGAUAACAAAGGUCAGGAUAUAAAAAAUGCUUCAUUUGCAAGAGUGAAGUUAAGGAAACAUUUGGCUUUUGACAGAUCAAAAAGCGAAAGCCAAAUGGAAGUUGAUGACUCCCCAAAUUGUCACAAUACACUAGCUCAAAUGAUAGCAAUUCAAUCCAAUAUGCAACAAGAAAACAGAGAAAUGAAAGAGAAGCUAGAAAGAGUAACUGAAGAGAAUGUAGCUCUGAUGAACCAACUUGAAGAAUCAAAGCAGACCACUGAGAGCUUACAAAGGGAGCUAGAAUCUCUCAAGGAAGCAAAUGGGAAUAUUGAGGAACAAGUUGAAAAUCAGAGGUUAAUAAAUGAAGAUCUUGAUACACAGUAUACAGUUGCAAAAGCCAAGCUAAAUGAAAUUCUCCAUAAAUUAUCAACUUUAGAGGUAGAAUUGGAGGAUAAGAAUAACUGCUGUGAAGAAUUAGAAGCAACAUGCCUUGAACUUCAGCUUCAGCUUGAAACGUGCAGGUUCUCAAGAAAGGACUCUCCUUGUAGUGACACAGAUAAAGCCACAAAGAAACUGAUAACUGAAACAAUCCAAGAUUUGGCAUCACCAUCACCUGAUGUGACACAAUCUGACAAGCUUCUUUCUCCUGUAACUACUACCAUCACGACAGAAAAGUCAUCAGCGACUGAAGACAAAAGCCUGGAAGUCCAACGCUCUACCCUUCGUGAUUGUAUGAUGGAGGAGGAUGGUGAUCCAACAGAAGGUCUUAAGACUCCGAGAACAGAAGAGAAAGAAAGUAAAGAAGAGAAGCAGAGUGUCAACCAUACUGAGGUCAGACCUCUGCCGCCACCUCCCGGGUUAAAGGUUCAGUCUCUUGAACAAGUGAGCACUUUGGCUCUUGUGUCAGCUAAGAAACCUGGUAGAGGGUUCGGAUUUAUAACAAAGAUGUUCCUGAGAAGGAAGAGAGGCUGCAGCAAGAUGAAAGCUGCUCCAUUGCAGCGCAACACAAGCGCCUUGAUGAAGCAAAGGGAUGUCUUGCUUGUGGCUUAAGCUGGCACAGGAACUUAAUUUUUCUUUUCUUUUACCUAAUUGUUUCCAAUUUUUUUGAAAACAUUGUCCAAGGAGCCUAUAACGUAAGGUUGUUGUAAUUUGUACACUAGUAAUUAUAAGCACUAAAUUCUGGACAUUGGGUUGCAUGUACAUAAAUUUGCAGUAAGAAAUCUUAGAAUUGAGAGGUUGUAAUAAUACUUUUUUAGUAUAAAUAUGUAAGAAGGAAGACCGUAUUGGAC